AUGAAAACUUUUAAUUUUAUUUUUGUUUUAAUUUGUUUAUUAUUCAUUGCCAAUAAUGUGAAUGGACAAUGUUCAGCUAACGCAUUGGCACAAUAUUUCAAUGGUUCAAUCAUUGGUGUCAAGAUUAUCUAUUUCGAACAAACCGGUUCAGUUACAUACAUGAUUGGAAAUUCAUUGUAUUCACCACAAUUCUCAACAGAUCUAUCCAAUGUCAAUUCAUUCAAUUCAAUUUCAUCCAACAAUGUUAACUGUUCAAACAAUAACAAGAAACAACCAUUCGAUGUCAAUCAAGUAUCAUUCCCAUUCUCUGAUGCCAGAUCACUCACUAUCUCAAGAAAUGGUGCAGUCAGUAUGUUGAUCAGAGGAAUCAAAUUGGAAUUCCAAUUUUCAUAUUGUUCAUCAUCGAUGGCAUUUGGAAUUGCAAACAAUUCGAUUCCAUAUUCAUUCUAUUUCUCAUUCAACCAGAAUUCACAAUUUGGAUUGACAUGUAAUGAUAGCAAUGUUGUCACUGAAACUCCAAAACCAACCACCAACAACAAUAACACCAACACUAAUAAUAUCACAGUCUCAAGCUACAUUGUCAACCAAUGGACAACUGACAACAUCAAUUAUUAUCAAUUCGAUGGUGUCAUUGAAAACAAUAGCAACAAGGUAAUCAAAUCAUUGAUUCUCAGUUCCUCAGUUCAACUUCGUGAUGAUUCUUCUUCGAUUUGGGAUCUUGUCAGAGUCAACAACAACAAUCAACAACCAUCAAGCUAUACAUUGCCAUCAUAUGUCAAUCAAAUUGCAAUUGAUUCAAAGUAUAGAUUUGGAUACAUCACCAAAUCCGACAAAAAUCCAACUUUCAAUAUUGGUUCUGUUACUUAUCAAUAA